CUCAAAGUUUAUCCCUCCUAUUCAAUUCUAAACAAAACAUUUUUAAAUUAAUAAUUUGAAAAAUGUACCCAUAAUUUAGAGCAGCAUCUUUUUCUUCAAAGGACCAGCUUGGCUAGAUGCAGAAUUUUAUAAAAUAAAGAAAUAAAUAAACAAAUUUUAUUAAUAAAAAUUAUAUAAAGAUUAACAAAAUUUUUAUAACACCCUCACUUUAUCAACCUGUAUAAUAAUCAAUAAAAGUAGUGGGAGUAUAGAAGUUAUUUUUAGAGAAUAUAUCCUGAUUAUCUCUUUUUCAAAUAUUGUGAAUUUAACCUUGAAAAUGUUUCUUAUAUACUAAUCAUUUAAUCCUGAAUUCAGUUUCUCUUGUUCAUUCAACAGGGAACAAUACCCAGAAGUUACUCUCCAGUCAGGCAAAAUGGCAGCAGAUAACCUAACUGCAAUACUUUAUAAAAUAAAUGACAUUAGACUGGAAAACAGGCCUAUUCCAGAACCCAAAGAUGAUGAGGUACUUAUAAAAAUGGGGUCGGUAGGAAUCUGUGGAUCAGAUGUUCAUUAUCUACAGAAUGGAAGAAUCGCCGAUUUCAUUGUAAAAGAGCCUAUGAUUAUGGGUCAUGAAGCGAGCGGCACAGUUGUUAAACUUGGUUCUAAAGUGAAGAAUUUGAAAGUGGGAGACCGUGUCGCCAUUGAGCCUGGUGUACCAUGUCGAUUAUGUUCGUUCUGUAAGGAAGGAAGGUAUAACCUUUGUCCUGAUGUGGUAUUCUGUGCGACUCCACCUGACCAUGGCAAUUUAUCGAGAUACUAUACACAUGCAGCGGAUUUCUGCUUCAAGCUGCCAGAUCAUGUUAGCUUGGAUGAAGGAGCUCUUUUAGAACCUCUAUCAGUUGGCGUUCAUGCUUGUUCAAGAGCAGGAGUAACUUUGGGUUCUACCGUUCUGGUUUUGGGUGCUGGGCCCAUCGGUCUUGUCACUACACUUGUCGCUAAAUACAUGGGUGCCAAAUCAUUGAUUUGCUUAGACAUAAUCGAAAGUAGACUUCAAAUAGCCAAAAACUGCGGUGCAGAUUACACCUUACAGAUUACACCUAAAGAUGAUAUCAACGUUGUUUCUAAAAAAAUUGAAGAAACAUUAGGAGAAAAACCUGGUAUAACAAUCGAUUGUACUGGUUAUGAAAACACUGUUAACAUAGGCCUUAAGGCAACCAAAAAUGGAGGUACUUUCGUACUAGUGGGGAUGGGACAAGAUGAAGUUAAAAUACCUCUUGUUAAUGCCUGUGCAAGGGAGAUAGAUAUUCGAGGAGUUUUCAGAUAUUGUAAUGAUUAUCCAAGAGCGUUGGCAAUAGUGGCUUCGGGCAAGGUGGAUGUAAAACAACUCAUAACUCAUCGUUUUUCUCUGGAAAAGACUAUUGAAGCAUUUGAAACGGCGCAGAAAGGAAUCGGCAACCCUGUAAAAAUUAUUAUUGAAUGUAACUGAAUGAAAUAAAUCAGUUCAAAAGUUUUAAUAAUAUUUAUAUCAUUGAUUUACCAAGUAUUUUCAAAGUAAAAAAAAAGCUUAAAAAUAAUUUUAAACAUAAUAAAUAAAAUUAAUAUUUCUUUAUUUAUUUAUUGCAAUAUAAGCCAACUAAGGACCACAUGUUUCUUGGCUUUCCUUUCUCAUCUUCUCUCCAUCUCCUUUCUUUGCUCCUUUGUCCACCUCCUUAAUUCCUUCUUUUUUCCCUCCACCACAAGAACAGAACCU